AUGAAACUCAUCAUUUUGGAUGAUUAUGACCAGGCCAGCGAGUGGGCGGCAAAGUACAUUCGGAAUCGCAUCAUUCAUUUUAAUCCAAAUGCUGAGAAAUACUUUACACUGGGUCUACCUACAGGGAGUACACCUCUGGGAUGCUACAAAAAGCUCAUAGAAUACCAUAAAAAUGGAGAUCUUUCCUUUAAAUAUGUGAAAACCUUUAACAUGGAUGAGUAUGUUGGACUCCCCAGAGAACACCCAGAGAGCUAUCAUUCUUUUAUGUGGAAUAACUUUUUCAAGCACAUAGACAUUGCAGCAGAGAAUGCACACAUCCUGGAUGGAAAUGUUCCAGACCUGCAAGCUGAGUGCAAUUUAUUUGAAGAAAAAAUUAAAGCUGCUGGUGGAAUUGAAUUGUUUGUUGGAGGUAUCGGACCUGAUGGUCACAUAGCUUUUAAUGAGCCAGGGUCCAGUCUGGUCUCUAGAACUAGAGUGAAGACAUUGGCUAUGGACACCAUACUGGCAAAUGCACGCUUCUUUAAUGGAAAUCUUUCCAAAGUGCCUACCAUGGCAUUGACGGUUGGUGUGGGGACGGUGAUGGAUGCCAAAGAGGUAAUGAUUCUUAUCAUGGGUGCCCAUAAAGCCUUUGCUCUUUACAAAGCUAUAGAAGAAGGUGUAAAUCACAUGUGGACAGUGUCUGCCUUUCAGCAACACCCUAGCACAGUGUUUGUCUGUGAUGAAGAUGCCACUUUAGAACUUCGGGUGAAGACUGUGAAAUAUUUUAAAGGAUUAAUGCACGUUCACAACAAACUUGUUGAUCCUUUGUACAGCAUGAAGCAAAAAGGGACAGAAGAGGAACACACUCCAAAGAAACCAUACAGUGACUGA